AUGAAAUAUUGUCUUGCUUUUCUGUGUCUACUUGAAUAUCUUUUGCAUUCCUUUACUCAAAACAUUAUCCCAGCCUCAGAGUUUCAGCUGGAAGGAGAUUAUCUGAUUGGUGGACUUUUUGACAUUCAUCAUGUCAGUGCUUCUGUUUAUCACGACAGACCAGAAGCCAUCGACUGCACCAGUCAACCAUUUCUUCUCCCAAAUUAUCGGAGAUUUCAGAUGAUGAGAUUCUCUGUAGAGGAAAUCAAUAACUCUACCAACCUACUCCCAAAUGUGUCUCUUGGCUAUGAAAUGUUUGACCACUGCUCAGAUACACAGAAUUUUCCAGGCAACUUGAAACUCCUCUCAGUCGAUGGCUUGAUCCAACCUUGGGAUGAAGCACAAAAAAAUCAGUCCAAAGUGUCCAAAGUAAUAUCAGUGGUCGGUCCUUUUACAAGCACUCAGGGCCUGACUGUGGCGCCAUUGUUCAUGGUGGAUCUGAUUCCUAUGGUCAGUUAUGGAUCUUCGAGCUCUGUCUUUUCAAAAAAUUUUAAAUUCCCCUCUUUCUUACGAACAGUGCAUCCCAAUAAAGAUACCAUAGAAGUGAUUGUAAACAUUCUGCAGCACUUCAACUGGCGCUGGGUUGCUUUCCUUAACAGUGAUAAUGAUUUUGGCAUUGAUGGACGGGAAUUGUUCAUAAAGAGGAUCAAGGAUACAGAGAUUUGCCUGGCGUACACUAAAGAUAUCAGUAUAAAUACAAAUUACUACCAAGUAUUCAACCAGAUAGAGGCACAGAAAAUACACAAUAUUAUUGUUUUUGCACCAAAAGGUACUGCUGAAGCUGUCAUUGAUUCCGCAAUACAACUGAAUAUCACAAACAAGGUGUGGAUAGCAGAUGAUGGAUGGUCCUUAAACAAGAGACUCCCCAAGGAGAAAGGAAUCGACAAUAUUGGAACUGUUCUUGGGGUGUCUCAGCCAGUAGUGACCAUACCUGGUUUCAGUGAUUUCAUCUAUGCUUCAAAAAGCCAGAAUCAUUGUGAAAAUGCAGAACAACAGUUGUUUUGUAAUCAGGUUUGCAACUGCAGUAACCUGAGUGCUGAAGAUAUCAUUGCUGCAGACCCAUCUUUCUCUUUUCCUGUUUAUUCUGCUGUAUAUGCCAUCGCUCAUGCCUUACACAAUACUUUGCAAUGCGGAUCUGGCGGAUGUAAUGGCAAUAUUACAGUGUACCCACACAUGGUUCUAGCACAUCUGAAGAAGUCAAACUUUACACUUUUGAACCAGAGUGUGGAGUUUGAUGAGAAUGGUGACCCCAAGCACGGAUCCUAUUCCAUCGUUUUCUGGAACCACAGUGGUGAUGCAGAGGAGGUCGGCUUUUAUAAUUUUCACCCAUCGUUGCAUUUCUUCAUCAACAACAGCAAAAUUCAGUGGUACACAAAGGGAGAAGUGCCUACUUCACUGUGUUCCCAAGAAUGUCCUGAAGGAUAUGCAAAAAAGCAAGAUGGAAUCCACAAAUGCUGCUUCAAAUGUGAAAUCUGUCCGAACGGAACUUAUGUCAACAGUAUGGCCCAGAGGAUUUCAAAGACGGAGUGGGCUAUUAGUGGGGGCAUCGAUGGGUCCGGGCGGCCUGCACCUUGGGAUGGGCUCUCAACACUACCCGCAUUUUCCGCCUUCUCUUUGCCAAUCAACUACAACACCCCUGGUUGUCCAGAUGCUGGCUGGGGACCAAUGUUCUUCCUAAUUUUAAGCUGGGCCUCAGUCUGUGUUAGUCUUAGUGGUUUUUUUACUUUGCGUAAACCAACAACGUUCGUUUUCGCUAUCUUCACAGGUAUCGUCAGAGAUGGUGGAUAUUAA